AAGGACUAGCUAUAAAUACACAAAGCCAGAACAAAUCCACCAUCACCCCCUUACAAUAUUUUUGUUGUUUUCUUUCCAAAGUCUCUCGAUGGAUAGGUUGAGAGCUAAGCCCAUGGAAUUCAUAUUUUCAGUUCUCUGUAUUAUUGUUAUAUUAUUCGUCUGUAAUUCAACGGCGGAGCUACCACGGUUUGUCCAAACGGCAAAACCCGAUGGUACGCUCAGUUUUCUCGUCGUCGGCGACUGGGGAAGAAGAGGUUCUUAUAACCAGUCUCAAGUAGCUCUUCAGAUGGGAAAAAUAGGGAAGGAUUUAAAUAUCGAUUUCCUUAUUUCAACUGGAGAUAAUUUUUAUGAUGACGGAAUAGUCAGUCCAUAUGAUUCUCAAUUUCAAGAUUCAUUUACAAAUAUUUACACAGCAUCUAGCUUACAAAAACCAUGGUAUAAUGUGUUAGGAAAUCAUGAUUAUAGAGGUAACGUCUAUGCGCAACUUAGCCCCAUACUCAGGGAUUUGGACAGCCGAUGGAUUUGUUUAAGAUCUUACGUCGUUAACGCUGAAUUUGUGGAUAUUUUCUUCGUGGACACGACACCGUUCGUAGAUAAAUAUUUCGAUGAACCAAAGGAUCAUGUCUAUGAUUGGAGAGGCGUAUUACCAAGAAAUAAGUACCUUACCAAUCUCUUAACGGAUGUGGAUGUGGCAUUGCAAGAAUCAAUGGCAAAAUGGAAAAUAGUCGUCGGCCAUCACACGAUCAAAAGUGCAGGUCACCAUGGAGUAACCAUAGAGCUUGAGAAACAACUUUUACCUAUCCUCGAGGCUAAUGAAGUGGAUCUCUAUAUAAACGGGCAUGAUCAUUGCUUGGAGCACAUAAGCAGCAUCAACAGUGAUAUACAGUUUAUGACAAGUGGAGGUGGAUCCAAGGCUUGGAAAGGAGAUGUGAAUGAGUGGGACUCUCAAGAGAUGAAGUUUUAUUAUGACGGACAAGGUUUCAUGUCGGUUUACACAUCUGAAGCUGAACUACGCGUCGUUUUUUACGAUGGGUUUGGUCGCGUAUUGCAUCGAUGGAACACUUACAAAAACAGUGUUCAUUCCGAUAUCUAAUGAUCGAUGGUCUGAUAAAGAGUUAAGACAAUAUUAUUAUUAAUCGUUCAUUGUUUAUUGUGUUUUUUAUUUUAUUUCACGUGGCUUAAAUUUUUUUUUUUUUUGUGAUUAUUUAGAGUAUUUUAAUACAUGGAGCGUACAUAAAUAUAGACCCAUAAUUUGGUCUUGACACGCAUGGUUCUGGUGUC